AUGGUUAAAAAUUUACAUUUUAUGUUAGUUCCAAUACUAUGGGCAUUUGUGCCCAUAACAAAAAUCAAUGCUGAAUAUGAGGUGUCUAAAUAUUGUCAACUAGUACCAGUGGGCACUAAAUUGCCUAGUUUGGAAUCAUGUCAAACUUUCUAUACUUGUCUGGGACAAAAACAAGUAGCGGAAUCUAAAUGUGCCGGUGACGAUGUAUUUGAUAAAGAUUUGCAAAUGUGUGUGCCUAGAACUAAUAACAAUUGCCAUGUUAACAUAGAAAAUCCUUGUGAAAAUCAAGAUGACACAUGGGUAGGCGAUACUAAAGAUUGUAGCCUUUGGCAUUAUUGUUCAAGUGGUAAGCUAAUAGGCAGCGGUUCUUGCGCAUUAGGACAAUAUUUUGAUGACACUAUUAAAUCGUGUGUCAAUGGCAAAUGUCCCUAUAAUAUGGAAACCUCUGGAGAGAUUAACGAUUUAUGUCAAAUUAUGCAAAAGGAUCAAUUCUUUGGUGAUUUUCAAGACUGUGCUGUUUGGCAUAGAUGUAAUGGCUCAGGCAUGAAUAAAGGCAAAUGUGAACAUGGAUUGCUUUACGACACCCAAAAGCGUAUGUGUCUUAAGGACAGUGAUCAACUAUGUGAACAUAACGGAGGUAAACUUCCCCUUGUAACACAGGGUCUAGAAG